CGUCAUCGGACUGCUUUGCGGGUUGGGGCUUCCUGGUGCUUCCUCUUCCUCUUCUUCCCUCUCUCUGUGUCUCUCCCUCUGUCAUCGUCAUCCAAUCGAGCGGGCGGAAAUGGCGUACGAGAGCAGCGGAGGCUACGGGAGGGACUACGACGACGUGUACGACGACGGGGUGGGGAUUCCGUCGUCGCAGCAGGAUGCCUCCUCCUACGACCCAUCGUACGUUCCCGACGCCGUCCGGACGUUCGUCGUGAUACUGUAUCGCCACAUCAGGGAGAAGAACGUCUAUGAGAUCCACCAGAUGUACGAGGGGAGCUUCCAGAAGCUGAGCGAACGGAUGUUCAGGGAGACGCCGUGGCCGGCCGUCGAGGCCAUCGCCCCCUUCGUCGACAACGACCACGUCUUCUGCCUACUCUACCAGGAGAUGUGGUUCCGCCACCUCUACGCUCGUCUGUCGCCGACGCCCCGCCAGCGCGUCGACUCCUGGGACAAUUACUGCAGCCUCUUCCAGGUCGUGCUCCAUGGCGUCGUCAACAUGCAGCUUCCCAACCAGUGGCUCUGGGACAUGAUCGACGAGUUCAUCUACCAGUUCCAGUCCUUCUGCCAGUACCGUGCCAAGCUCAAGAGCAAGACUGAACAUGAGAUCGCCCUCCUGAAGCAGUUUGAUCAGGCAUGGAACGUUUAUGGAGUUCUUAACUUUUUGCAAGCUCUGGUUGAGAAAUCCAAUAUCAUAAAUAUAUUGGAAAGUGAAAAGGCUGGCCUAGAACAGUUCACUGCUACGGAUGGGUAUGAUUACAGUGGUGGAAGCAAUGUCCUUAAGGUGCUGGGCUAUUUCAGCAUAGUGGGGUUGCUCCGAGUCCACUGCCUUCUCGGUGAUUAUAGCACUGGUCUUAAAUGUUUGACACCCAUUGAUAUCAGUCAGAGUGGUGUUUAUACAUCUGUUAUUGGAAGCCAUAUAACUACAAUUUAUCAUUAUGGCUUUGCAAACCUCAUGUUGCGGAGAUAUGUUGAUGCAAUGCGUGAGUUCAAUAAGGUUCUAUUAUACAUUAUGAAGACCAAACAGUAUCAUCAGAAAUCUCCACAAUUUGAUCAGAUUUUGAAGAAGAAUGAGCAAAUGUAUGCCUUAUUAGCUAUUUGUCUCUCAUUGUGUCCACAAUUGAAGCUCGUAGAUGAGAGUGUUAACAGCCAACUGAGGGAGAAGUAUGGUGAGAAAAUGGCCAGGAUGCAGAGGUACGAUGAUGAUGAGGCCUAUGCAUUAUAUGAUGAGCUUUUUUCAUAUGCUUGUCCAAAGUUCAUCACCCCAUCAGUGCCAAAUUACGAGGAGCCGUUGGUCAAUUAUAACCAGGAUGCUUAUAGGUUGCAGUUGAAGCUUUUCCUUUAUGAAGUGAAGCAGCAGCAACUGUUGUCGGGUGUUCGCAGUUUCUUGAAAUUGUACACAACCAUCUCAAUUGGGAAGCUUGCGACUUACAUGGAGGUGGAUGAGUCAACUUUAAGGACAAUAUUGAUGAGUUACAAGCAUAAAAUGCAUGUUGUUGGCAAUGACGGAAAGGUUCUCUCAAAUGCGGAUAUUGAUUUCUAUAUCAAUGAGGAUACCGUACAUGUUGUUGAAUCCAAGUCAGGAAAGCACUAUGGUGACUUUUUCUUGCGUCAGAUUCUCAAGUUCGAAGAAAUAAUUGGUGAGAUGGACAGAAUAAAGCUGGACUGAGCAUCUGUUCUGCAAGAGUCUUCUUUCAGGAUUCCAUACGGCGGCCUUGUUCUUCUGAAGCCACCUGUUCUUAGUUCUACCAUUAUUUUAGUUAACAGAAAUAUUUUGUUCUUCAAUUUUGAUGAGAAAUCUUUUCCUUAGUUUCUCUCUCUUCUGUGUUCCUUUGAACCAAAAUCCCUGCAAUGUUGCUUGAUUUUGUUGAAAAUGCAAAAUAUAGUAUGGUGUCGGCGGUGUUUGUGAUGGAUUCUCUCAUGCAACGAAUUCUGAUUUCUGCUUUGAGCGCGCGGUUUUGUGGAGUCGUCGAAUCCUCAAGAACAGGUUUUGGGAAUGGCGGAGUAUGCUGAGAGUGAGACCCAAACCCGAAUAUUGAUUCGAACUCGGGUGCGCUCAAGCGGGUUGAAUAUCCGAGAUCACUUGAAAUUAUUGGCGGUUGCAACUUGCAACGAGUCUGCAGAAGAAAGGCAUCCGUUGGGGCCGUUGACGCGUGGAGUCAUCUGACCCGUCAGGAUAAGUAAAAGAAAUCUGGACCGUCCGUAGAAUUAUGGAAUCCUUGCCGUUGAUUUUACGCGACCGGCUCCCUUAAAGCCACACCAUUCCUUGGCUAUCCUCACGCCCUGGUUUCAUUCGGCUCGUCGGCGAGGGUUUCCACUGCUGCAAAGGUUGGCGGCAUCAUCUUCUGCGGUCAUGGAGGCGGAUCGGUGGCGCCGGAAUCUCUCUUUAGUCUUUCCUCCUCGUGCCUCUCCUCUGUCUCGCCAUGGGGGAUUUUUCUUGCCUCAACAUGGGGGAGUAGUUGGAUAAAGGUUUCUGCUGGUUGACGGACGAAGCUGACGAGUAACGAGUUCCAUUGCUUCACUGGAGGCUUAUUUACCUUUAAGAUGUAGCGAUUGGCGUCCAGGUUUGAUGCCUGGAAAAUGAUGGUCCAUCGUUCCUGCAAGGGUUGUUUGUGGAUGUGUCUGUAAGGUGUCUGGAUAUAUGUUAUAUGUCCUCUGUGCCUGGUCGACAAAAGCGGACGAUGAGGGGAUAUCUGGUUUGGCAGGUGUGCCAGUCGUUGUGUGUUUUGAGGCUGUGCCUUUGCGGGUGCGCUUGCGGGCCAGCCAAAAAAUUUAAUAAAAAUUUUCCUUUUUUUGGGGGAGGGUUUCGCAGGGCGUUCUUGCCCGGGCCCUCUCGUGUGCGUGUGUGCUGUCUCUCUCUCUCUCUCUUUCUCUCCUCUCUUCUCUCCCUUUCCCUCUCCCCUGCCAGUCUAAUGCCAUCGCGAAUUCUGACCACUUCCAGACCCUAUGUGGACUUCUCGAGUCAUCUAUCGUUCAGCGCUUCUCAUCACAUCGUGGUGCACAGGUAUGCGUGUGUUUGUUGCUGUUGAUCGCAAAGUUUCAUUCUGCCUUAUUUGGGAGCACAAUGAUUAUCUUAUUACACAUUGAGUAUUUAAGUUGGGUAAAAUAUGAAAUUGUGGGACAAUGCAGGCUUUUGCAUAUUCAUUGGUUUUGAAAAGUCUAUAUAUUAUAUCAUGACCAUAUGAGAAUGAUGAUAGAUAAGCUCUUCAACAUGGAGUUGCACUUCGAUACCAUUUUGUUCUUCAGUUUAUUGUCAGGAUAAAGAUCUUGAACAUGGUGUUGCACUGGGGCAUUAUUUUGUUUUUCAGUUCAUAGUCAGGCAUGCUAAACCUGUUCAACAUACCGUGGCAAUUGUUCCUCUUCGCUUCACAAUCACGCAGCGUAUGAUAAACUGACUUGCACCGAUUUUUGGGCCACCAAUAUUUGCCUCAUGUUAUCCUGAAAAUGAUUCUCGCAUUCAGAUUUGGUGCACGGUUCAAAUGCACUCAUCUUGGUUCACCAUCUAAUACUUGCCUUCAUCUUGCUCAUUGCUUUAGGGGCAAAUUAAGGCUUUCAUUUGUUUUUGCUUGUUGGCCCUUUGGUGCCCUUUGUUUUGUUGUAUAUUGUUUUGUCGUCCUUUGGUAUUGGGAGCAAGUGGUCUUGGUGGCGCAGCACUUUGUAAAUAGGAGGAGGAUGAUUGGACUUGCCGCGAAGCCGUUUGUCUCUUGGACUUGCUGCCGUGGCUGUUGCGGCAGUUUGUAUUGCUGAUGCUGGAUCCUGAUACUUGGAGUUGCUGCUAUGGCUGUUAGGAGGAAAAUGUAUUUCUAAUGCUGGAUCAUGAUGCGUGGACGGUGCCUGCAGAAGGCGAAGGAGACCUGUCUGAGUAAAUUUGCUUUUUGAAAUGAUCUGUAUGUGUGAAGGGGCUGUGCUUUCGCAGGUGCCCUUGCGAAGGACCUGCUCAGUCUUUAAUGAAAUUUGCUGUUAUUUUGGCGGGGGAGGGCUCACCUGGUCCUUGGGGACGCCUGUCUUCGGCUGCCCGUCCUCAUGCUUUUUCUUUUUCCCUGUUACCUAUUUUUUGAUUUGCAUACAAGAAUUUGAGGAUCAUGAUUUACUCAGGUUUUUUCGACCGUUCCUGCUCCUAUAGUAAAAAUUGUUUGCAGAUUGAAGUUUGUACUUUCCCAUGCCGAAUGACUGCUACCAUGUCCGUUUAUUUGUAGGAACUGCCAUCAGCUGCCUGUCGCACCGUCUUCACAAGAUUCGAAACAUUCAUCAAGGAAUAAUUUUUUACGAAUUCCAUACGUGCUUGUGUUGACUAUGUAAGAUUCCUCAAAGGUGUUCUUGUGAAGCUACUGGACGGCUGCUUUGAUAACUCUCCACUCCUCCUGCCGGGUGAUUUUGCCUCUUUCGUCGCCGUAAAUGCUUGCGCUGAAGUUUGGAGAGGGCGGGAGCCUAAGCUAGUCCACCAGAAAUGGCCGUGUGCACGAGCUGAUGGUGCCAAAUAAUAUUCAUCCAAAAGCCGAACUUUUACUUGAUCAAACAAAUCCCAUAUCUUCUACCAGUCGCGUGCUCAAGAGUUUGGAUGGUGGAAAUAAUAUGCUCUCUUGAAAUGAGAAGUUUUACCUGGAAUCCAUGACCUGUGCCUGCCGUAUGCUAGAGCGGAUGAGUCAAAUGACAUGACUUAUUGUAACAAAGUUUCUCUUGGUUUGGCGAUUCUCAUGUUUUGUAGCAUGCAUCAGACUGCUUAUGGUUGAAAAUGUAUCAAUUCUUUUAUCAAUUGAUGUACCCCUUAUUCGUA